AUGGCGGAGGGCCAACAGCAACCACAGCAGCUGGCACAGCAGUCGCAGCCACAAGCUCUUAUGCAGUCUCAGAAGGUGUCUGAUAUCAUUCGUAGCUUUCAUCCUGCAAAGGCUUUCAAAGGAUCGAAGCACGAACCCUCAAACUACGUUACAUCAUUGGACUUCGAUGACCAGGGCGACUACUUGGUGGCAUCAGGCGACGACGAGACAAUCCAGGUGUUUGAUAUCAAGGAGGGGAAAUCGACGAAAUCAGUACCAAGCAAGAAAUAUGGAGUACACCUAGCGAGAUUCACGCACCAUUCUCGCCAGAUUCUGCACGCGAGUACAAAGGUUGAUGAUUCUCUCCGACUACUUGACCUUCACAAUGAGGGCUACGUUCGUUAUUUCUCAGGUCAUACCGACAAAGUGACUUGCUUGGCCCUUUCUCCUGGCAGCGACACAUUCAUCUCAUGCUCCAAGGACGAUACCAUUGCGCUUUGGGACCUGAGCUCGAGGAACGCCCAAGGAAAACUCAAGCUGGCUACGCCGUAUCUGGUUGCUUUUGAUCCCUCUGCCUCUGUCAUCGCAAUUGCAUCGCAGUCUACGUCGUCUGUGCUCUUGUACGAUUUCCGCAAUUACGACAAGGCUCCGUUUUCCACAUUUGAUCUUGCACCAUAUGAGGAACGAUACACACCCUCAACCAGGGGAAGGGCUUGGACUCGGCUUGAAUUUUCUAAUGACGGAAAACACUUGAUUGUUGGCACCGACUACCAUGGACAUUUCGUUCUUGAUGCUUUUGAAGGCAACCUGAAGGCCUUCUUAGUCGGCAAGAACGGCUCUCCUGGUCGCGCUGCCCCCGUUUCGACAACAGGGAAACCCUUGGGCCAAGGAGAUGUGUGUUUUACUCCGGACGGUCGAUAUGCUAUCGGAGGCUCUGGCGACCACACGGAUGUCCUCGUGUGGGACUUGCAGCAAACACCCGAUGCCAACUCCCUUCUGCAGCCAAUGACCAGGUUGACCAACCGUGGUCGAACCGCCAUUUUAGAAUACAACCCACGGUACAACAUGCUGGCUACUGCCGAUAAGGAGGUAGUUUUCUGGCUCCCAGAGGAGAGUCAAAGAUCCCUUGAGAAGUGA